CACAUCUCUGAUAUACACAAACACACACACACACACUCACUCACUCACUCACUCACUCUCUGGUCCUCUGCAUCUCGCUGAAUAACCAUCAUCUUGGUCUUGGUCUGCUCUGGUCUUGCAUGCUGCAGUCAGUCUAUCUGCAGAGUUGACCAGGUUCUUGUCUUGUCUUGUCACUGUGCUGGCAGCCUCUCUUCUGUGUGGGCUGACUGACUGAAUGACUGUGACUGACUGAACUCCUCCAAAGCUGCAGCAUGCACCUGCAAAGGUGAAGAGAGGGGCUGAAGAAGAACCACAGAAGCACGUCUUUCUCUCCGGGGCUCCUCUCCUUUGAGGCAGAGCAGCCUCCGAUGCAAUUAACCCAAGAAGGCGAAUCUGUGAAGGGGGAUUCCACGCUGACCACCGCAGCUCUCCAGUCCCACGACAGCGCCGGUUCUCUGGCCAAAAUGUGCAGCGAAUGUUACGUGAAUCAGUCAUUCGUGAACGACGAUGGGACCGUGAACCACCACAAGCCACGCAACCAAGUUCAUCCUCACACCGAUUCUUCUCCUGGAGUCAAAGCUCUUCUCCAGCACCUCUUCAGACCAACAGCGACAGCAGUGAGGUUAUCUUAGACAUCUCCAACCUUAAGAUGGAGCAGCCAGAGAGUGAGGUGCCUCCACUCCCGCCUCGUUUCCGCUUCAGAGACCUGCUGCUCGGGGACCAGAGCUUUCAGAAUGAGGACAGGGUGCAGGUGGAGUUUUACGUGAACGAAAACACCUUUAAGGAGCGUCUGAAGCUUUUCUUUAUCAAAAACCAAAGAUCAAGCCUAAGGAUUCGAGUGUUCAACUUCUCGCUGAAGCUGCUCACCUGUCUGCUGUACAUCAUCAGAGUGGUUACAGACCCUGGUCAGGCCACCAGUGCCAGUAACAGCACAGAACAACAAAUCACUUCCAGUGGCAACAACAAAUGUGUUGACUGUCAGUGGAACGGAUCAGUGCAGGACAGAGAAAUUAAUUGGGAGCUGAUCUUCUGGGUGGAUAGAAAAGCUCCUGUCUGGGCCAUUCAAGUCAUUGUGGCCAUCAUAAGUUUCCUGGAGACGAUGUUGCUGAUGUAUCUGAGCUACAAGGGGAACAUUUGGGAGCAGAUUUUCCAGGUGUCCUUUCUUCUGGAGAUGAUCAACACCGUUCCCUUCAUCAUAACAAUCUUCUGGCCCUCGAUUCAGAACAUCUUCAUCCCCGUGUUUCUCAACUGCUGGCUGGCCAAAUGUGCUCUGGAGAAUAUGAUUAAUGACGUGCACAGAGCCAUCCAGAGGACAAACUCAGCCAUGUUCAACCAGGUCCUGAUUCUCAUCUGCACUUUACUCUGCCUCGUUUUCACUGGCACAUGUGGAAUCCAGCAUCUGGAGCGAGCAGGAAGGAACCUCUCACUCUUCAACUCCUUCUACUUCUGCAUCGUCACCUUCUCCACCGUGGGCUUCGGAGACGUUACUCCCCGCAUAUGGCCGUCCCAGCUGCUGGUUGUCAUCAUGAUCUGUGUGGCUCUGGUAGUUCUGCCUCUCCAGUUUGAGGAGCUGAUCUACCUGUGGAUGGAAAGACAGAAGUCCGGAGGGAAUUACAGCCGUCACAGAGCUCAGACAGAGAAACAUGUCGUACUGUGCGUCAGCGCACUGAAAAUAGACCUGCUCAUGGAUUUCCUCAACGAGUUUUACGCCCAUCCUAGACUGCAGGAUUACUACGUGGUGAUCCUGUGCCCGACUGAGAUGGACCUCCAGGUGCGGAGAGUUCUGCAGAUCCCACUGUGGUCACAGCGGGUCAUUUAUCUGCAGGGAUCUGUCCUCAAGGAUCAGGAUCUACUCCGAGCCAAAAUGGAUGACGCAGAGGCUUGUUUCAUUCUGAGCAGUCGGAAUGAGGCAGAUCGCAUGGCUGCGGACCAUCAGACCAUCCUGAGAGCCUGGGCAGUGAAGGACUUUGCACCAAACUGUCCCCUUUAUGUGCAAAUACUGAAACCAGAAAACAAGUUCCACGUAAAAUUCGCUGAUCAUGUUGUGUGUGAGGAAGAAUUCAAGUAUGCCAUGUUGGCUCUCAACUGUGUUUGCCCUGCAACGUCCACCUUGGUCACUCUCCUCGUACACACCUCCCGUGGACGGGAAGGACAACAGUCUCCAGAGCAGUGGCAGAGGAUGUACGGGUGUUGUUCUGGCAACGAGGUCUACCACAUCCGACUGUGCGACAGCAAGUUCUUUGGAGAGCAUAAUGGCAAAAGCUUCACAUACGCCUCCUUCCAUGCUCACAAGAAGUAUGGCGUGUGUCUGAUUGGAAUAAAGAGGGAAGACAACAAGAGCAUCCUCCUGAACCCUGGCCCGCGCCACAUCAUGGCCGCCACAGACACCUGCUACUACAUCAACAUCACCAAGGAGGAGAACUCGGCGUUCAUCUUCAACCAGGAGGAGAGGAAGGGACGACCUGCUGGGGGAAUCUACGAUGGGCCCUCACAGCUUCCUGUGCACAGCAUCAUUGCGAGCAUGGGUACUGUUGCCAUGGAUCUUCAGAAUACGAGUCCACCCGACGUCUCAGGUGGACAACUGGUCCCGCCGACAGUGAACGGAACGGGGAGCCGCCGGCCGAGCAUCGCUCCAGUUCAGGAGCUCGCCGACUCCGCCUCGAUCCUGCCCUGUGACCUUCUUGGCGACCAGUCAGAGGAUGACUCGGUUUUUACAGAUGAGAAAGACAACUCAUCACCUGAGUAUGUGAAAGGUUAUCCCCCGAACUCUCCGUACAUUGGGAGCUCGCCCACCUUGUGCCAUCUGUUGGCUGAAAAAGCCCCGUUUUGCUGCCUACGACUGGACCAGGGCUGCAGGCACAACAGUUUUGAGGACGCAAAGGCUUACGGUUUUAAAAACAAGCUGAUCAUCGUGUCAGCCGAGACCGCGGGGAACGGCCUCUAUAACUUCAUAGUGCCUCUCAGAGCGUACUACAGACCCAGGAAAGAGCUCAACCCCAUUGUGUUGCUGCUGGAUAACCCGCCAGAUAAUCACUUUCUGGAGGCAAUCUGCUGUUUCCCUAUGGUCUACUACAUGGCUGGGACUAUAGACAACCUUGACAGUCUGCUGCAGUCUGGUAUUAUCUAUGCAGAUAAUUUGGUUGUUGUUGAUAAGGAGAGCACAAUGAGUGCCGAGGAGGACUACAUGGCCGACGCUAAAACCAUUGUCAAUGUGCAGACCAUGUUCAGAUUGUUUCCCAGUCUCAGCAUCAUCACGGAGCUUACUCAUCCAUCCAACAUGAGAUUCAUGCAGUUCAGAGCAAAGGACUGUUAUUCACUGGCUCUCUCCAAGCUGGAGAAGAAAGAGCGCGAUAAAGGCUCUAACUUGGCCUUCAUGUUUCGCCUUCCCUUCGCUGCGGGCCGGGUGUUCAGUAUCAGCAUGCUGGACACACUGCUCUAUCAGUCGUUUGUGAAGGACUACAUGAUCCUCAUCGCGAGGCUGCUGCUGGGACUGGACACCACUCCCGGAUCAGGAUACCUCUGUGCUAUGAAAGUGAACGAGGAGGAUCUGUGGAUCAGCACGUACGGCAGACUCUUCCAGAAACUCUGCUCCUCCAGUGCGGAAAUUCCCAUCGGCAUCUAUCGCACGGAGUCCCACAUUUUCAAUUCUUCUGAGUCUCAGGUGUCGGUCAGUGUCGACGACUGCGAGGACACCAAGGACAGAGCGGACGAGCCCCGCAGCAACGACCAGUCAGAUCACCCCCUGCUGAGGAAGAAGAGCAUGCAGUGGGCGCGGCGGCUCAGUAAGAAGAGCAUGAGGUGGCAGGGCAUGAGCAGGGACUCCAGCAAAGACCACGGCCAGCGCAUCGCACAGCAGCGCCUCAACCUCUACAGGCGCUCCGAGAGGGAGGAGCUGUCCGAACUGGUCCGCAACCGCAUGAGACACCUGGGCCUCCCCACGUCGGGAUAUGAAGACCUGACUAAUCUGACUGCUAGUGAUGUCAUGAACAGAGUCAAUCUGGGAUAUUUACAAGAUGAACAGAACGAUCAACAAAACACCCUCUCAUACGUCCUGAUUAACCCGUCUCCUGACACCAGGCUGGAGCUCAAUGACAUUGUGUACCUGAUUCGUUCAGACCCCCUCGCUCAUGUCCCAGAUGAGCCGCCCGUCCACAGCAGCAGCCUGAAAGAGAGACACGAGUCCAGCUUUGACGUCAGAGAGGACACGCAGCUUUGAGAGCACAUCGCUGACCUUCACGGGUUCAGUCAUUUCUAAUCACCCCUGUCACCCCCGUCAGUUUUCGUGGGGGGGUCCGGUUGUGUCCACACAGGUCCAGCGUGACACUGGACAAGCUGUGCCAUAAUGUUCCAGCACUGCACUCUAUUUUUAUGGGAUGAUUGCCUCCAAAUUGACAGGUGACGUAUGAUGUCACCAUUUGACAUUUUCAUCCUCUCGACACAGGAUGUAAGAGCAGUGUAUUUAUUUGUGACGAGGCUCUUUCCUGCAGACACUCAGGUCCAUCUCGCCUACAAAGUUGUCCUCGGUCAGAGUCAAUUUUAUUCAACAAACAAAACAAUUAAGAUCACAUUUGUUUUGGAUUGUGGCUUUUUCAGAUGACCAGAAACCACAUGCAGAGGCCAUUACACGUACAUACUUAAGAUAUAACUUUCAAUAAUAGUAAAAAAAACAACAUGUGCAUUUAAAGCUUUAAUUUGAAGCUUAUUUUUGUAGCUGAACAAUAGAGGUGCAGUGGUUAUUCAGUAGUGUGGAAGUCUAAAAAACAUCGGUGUUACUUAUCUGUACAUGUCUUUGGUUGGAUGAUUUUUUCUUUGCACUUUAGGCGCUUUGUUCAACUUUUUAACCCCGUUCCAUGUCAUGCAUUCAGUAUUGUGUCAUUAUCUAAUUUGUACUAUAUUACAAAAUCAGAGAACCUCAUUUCACGUUCAGCUCUGCUCUGUGGUUUUGUGGCUGUUUGGGUGAGAAAUGUACUUUUAAAACGCUACGUCUUGUACACAAGAGUUUUCAAUUUGCGACUUUUUUGACUUAUAUAUAUAUACAGUAUAUAUUUAAAUGUUGGAAAUAUUUGUACGUGAGCUUGCACAUUAAAGUGCCGUUGUAUGAAAAAAGCAUGUCGUAGCUGUUCUGAUAAUUCAGCCUUUGGAAUGGAAAGUGUUUAGUAAUUGAAUGAGAUGAAUGCCUUAAUGUAAUGGCUACACCUCUUUCAUGUGACCCAGAAAGAUUUGCCAAACAAUAAGGGAAUAAAACAAAAAUCAACAAAAAAAAUGUAAAUAAUAAUGAAAAAUGUAUUUUUGCCGUCACAAAUCAUUUACAAAUCUCUCUUGUUUAUUGGCAGUGAAGAUGUUGAUGUGUAUUCUGAGUCUGUGUUAGUCAGGAGCAGUUAGUGCUGUCAGCACAUUAUGUAUUAGUGUUAUAGUACAGUACUGGCUAUCAGUCAGACUGCUACUGGGAAAUAUCUCAUCAGAACAAUGCUGCUGCAAAUCCACUCUAUUACAUUACCUGAAUAAUUUAUUCAGUUCAGUAUCUUUCCUGUAGCCUGGCACAUGCAACAAAAUCACACAGCUGAAGGACUGAGUCUGUAUUAAGACUUUUCAUCAUUGAUGAAAGGGUUCUUUGUUAACUUACUGACCUUGCCACGAUGAACAUUCUUUUCCCCCACCGAUGCCAAACAGCCUGGUUGACAGUUCUACAGUUACAAGUUACAGUAAAGUGAACAGAUUGUGCUGGAACAUUAAUCUGUUAGUGGCAGUGACGCACGGCUCAUGAGAGGGUAAUUAAGGCAGGCCUCUUUAAAACCCAUUUGCAGAAAUUUGUGUCAAAAAUCUUGAGUCAUAGCUCACUCAUAUCAGAGCACCGAGAUGUAACGCACGCACUUUUACCUUCAGUCAUAGCCCGAAGUUUAACGCACUGAAUUUGGAGUCCAUUCAAAGUAAGUCUGUUAAGACUUUUAGUGCCACAUUAUACUAAAUUAUUACCUUUUAUAAAAGUAUCUGCCAGCAACAUGGAACAGAGGCAAAAAGCCAGAUGGCACAGCGGGAAUGAAAUGAUAUACUGCAACAACCAUAGCAAGGA